AUGCCGGCUCUUCAGGCAGCGCCGCCCGGCCUGGCUCCCAGGUCCCCCGGCCGAGAGCGGCGCAGUGACCAGGGUUCCACGCGGGCGGGUAGCGUGGGGCGCGCCCCGGCAGCGGCCUCUGCGCGUGGGCCCCGCCCCAGGGCGCAGGACGACAGCGGCCUCUGCCCGGCAGCCUGUGCCCGCGGCAGCCUCUGUGCCCGCGGCAGCCUGUGCCCGCGGCAGCCUCUGUGCCCGCGGCAGCCUGUGCCCGCGGCAGCCUCUGUGCCCGCGGCAGCCUGUGCCCGCGGCAGCCUCUGUGCCCGCGGCAGCCUGUGCCCGCGGCAGCCUGUGCCCGCGGCAGCCUGUGCCCACGGCAGCCUCUGUGCCCGCGGCAGCCUGUGCCCGCGGCAGCCUGUGCCCGCGGCAGCCUCUGUGCCCGCGGCAGCCUCUGUGCCCGCGGCAGCCUGUGCCCGCGGCAGCCUGUGCCCGCGGCAGCCUCUGUGUCCGCGGCAGCCUGUGCCCGCGGCAGCCUCUGUGCCCGCGGCAGCCUGUGCCCGCGGCAGCCUGUGCCCGCGGCAGCCUCUGUGCCCGCGGCAGCCUCUGUGCCCGCGGCAGCCUGUGCCCGCGGCAGCCUGUGCCCGCGGCAGCCUCUGUGCCCGCGGCAGCCUGUGCCCGCGGCAGCCUGUGCCCGCGGCAGCCUCUGUGCCCGCGGCAGCCUGUGCCCGCGGCAGCCUGUGCCCGCGGCAGCCUGUGCCCGCGGCAGCCUGUGCCCGCGGCAGCCUCUGUGCCCGCGGCAGCCUGUGCCCGCGGCAGCCUGUGCCCGCGGCAGCCUCUGUGCCCGCGGCAGCCUGUGCCCGCGGCAGCCUGUGCCCGCGGCAGCCUGUGCCCGCGGCAGCCUGUGCCCGCGGCAGCCUCUGUGCCCGCGGCAGCCUGUGCCCGCGGCAGCCUGUGCCCGCGGCAGCCUGUGCCCGCGGCAGCCUCUGUGCCCGCGGCAGCCUGUGCCCGCGGCAGCCUCUGUGCCCGCGGCAGCCUGUGCCCGCGGCAGCCUGUGCCCGCGGCAGCCUCUGUGCCCGCGGCAGCCUGUGCCCGCGGCAGCCUGUGCCCGCGGCAGCCUCUGUGCCCGCGGCAGCCUCUGUGCCCGCGGCAGCCUGUGCCCGCCUCUGCAGCCCAGAGGCCCCGGGGCCCGCCGCCAGCGGGGAGGGUCCACCGGAGGAGCGCACGGGCCGGCCGGCCUGCCCAGGGCUGACGGGCCGCCCUGGGGCAGGAGAGUCGUCCCCCGAAGGCCACUGGCCCUGGACCGGGAGCCGAGGCCGAGGCCCCGGCGGCUCAGCUCUGCGGGCGGCGGAGAGCAGCGCCCAGCGGGCCGGCCGCGGGGUCCCGCCCAGCCGAGGGCGCACCGGGCCCGGGCCGGGGGGGUCGCGCUGCACCCCGGGCUCGGCACCCUCCUGGCUUCGACCUGGAAGCGGCCGUCAAGCCCGGCCCAGCGGGCAAGUGCCCGCCCCAGAGGACCUGCCUCUCCCCCUCGCGCCUGUGCCCGGCGCCUCCCCCACCCGCAAGCCUGUCCACUGCGUGCUCGGCGGGGCGGCCCUGGGGUGGGGGGUCUGGGGGAGCGGCACCGGCCGCCCCCAGCCCGCGCCGCCGCCUCGCCAGACCAGCGGGGGCCGAGCUCUCGCCGGCCGGGGCCUGGCCGCCCAUGACAGCGCCGCGGGCAGCAGCCCCAGGACGGGCACGAGCCAGGGGCGCUGGCAGCGGCGAGGGCGGAGGGGCGGCCGCGCGGCGCGGAGGCGCCGGCCAGGCUGCGGGCUGAGCUUCCACCGCGGCAGCGCGACGCCGCGCGGGAGUCCGGUGCCGGUCACGGCGCCCCCGUCGCGCCGCUCGCGCUCCGCGUCCCCGGCAGCUGCUCCGCCCGCGCCCCGCCCGCGGGCCAGCGCCAGCGCGGGAGACGAGGGCGGCGGGGACGGGCCGCGGGCCGCGGGGGGAGCGGGCGCCGCCGCCGGCCGGAACCGGGGCCUCCUGCGCUGCGAGGGGCGGCGCCCCGGCCGCGCCCUCCCGCCGGGGAAGCCCAGGCCCGGCGCCCGCGGGAGGCCGGUGUCGUCGGCGCGGGAACCGCAGGGACGCUCGGCGAACGGACGGCCCCGCCCCGCAGAGGCGGGGCCCCCCGGGGCGCCGGGCACCCCGCCCGGCCGCCCGCUCCAGCCUCGGCCGCCUGGGGGUGGGCGCCCGCGGGCGGGCCGGCCCUCGUGCAGCCCGGCCGCGCCGCCCGUUCCCGGCUCCCGCCCAGGCGAGCCCGCCCGCCGCCCGCCAGGCCGCCGGCGCCCGCGAGGGCGGCAGGUGGGGGCCAGGCCCGGCCCGCCCGCCCGCGGAGCCGCCUUCGCGGCUCUUCCCCCGCCGCUCCCGCCUCCCACGCGGCUCCCGGGAGGGCCGGACGGGGUCCCGGCCCGCAGGCCGCCCGCCCGCGGCUCCGCCUCCACGUGGACACUCGCGCCCGGCCGGCCCGUCACCCCGCGGGACACUCGCGCCCGGCCGGCCCGGGCUCCGGCGGGCGGCCCGGCCCGCGGCCUGCGGAGCACAGGCCCCGCCCGGCCCCGCCCGGCCCUCCCGCCGGGCCCGCCCCGGCGGCCUUCGGGCCGGCGCUUCGCCUCCGCCGGGCGGCCGGGCAGAGGCGGCCGCUCCGGCAGGGCUGCGCUGGGGGCGCCCCUGCAGCCCCGCCUCCUGCCGCCCCGGGGCUCCGGCCUCGCCUCCCCUGAGUCCAGCAACGACGGCCACUCUCCCGGCAUCCGAACCAUAGUGCUUUAUUAG